AUGUGUCUCCGUCCGAGUCGUGGAACCAUGAGGCGUGUCUUGGCGAAGGAUCUCGCCUCCAACGUGCUGAAACUACCACGACUGCCCAUUCCACCACUUGAGAAGACUGCAGAUCGUUAUCGCGCCAGCAUUGUGCCACUGAAACCAGCGGACACCGUAAAGGCACACUUGCAGAAACUCGAUAUGUUUGUCAGCAGCUCCGGUAAAGAACUACAGAAGGCACUUGUGGAUGCCGAUAAGGCGGCAGAGGCGAAGGGUGGGUAUCCAUAUUCGUAUAUUGAGCCUAUUUGGGAUGCUAUGUAUUUGAAUAACCGAGCUCCAUUGCCGGUCAAUACGAAUCCAGGAAUACUUGCUAAAAACAUUAAGCAUGCAGGUGAUACACAAGCAGGAGUUGCAGCCGCCGUUGUGUAUAAUAUUGCUAAAUGGAUACAACGUGUGAUAAAGGAGGGAUUAGAAGUAGGUGAAUUAAAACAAGAUGUAUCACCCGUGCUUCGACAGUUUGGUGCCUCACUAAUACCAGGAGAAAGUAAAGAUGAAUUUCUUACAACUCCACCUGAAAAAUUACGUCAUGUUAUUAUACUACAUGAUGGACACCUCUACGCUUUACGUGUUUUUGAUGAACAACAAGUUCCUAUUGAACGAGCGGUUAUUCAACGCUCUAUUGAGUAUAUUCUUUCCGUAACUCCUGAUCUUGAUAAUACAACACCUGUCUCAGUACUCACCGCAGGAGGUCGUCAAACAUGGGCACACGCCUAUGCUGAAUUGGUGAAAACUCCAGAAAAUGCGGAAAUUUUAAAAAAAGUACAGGAAGGUAUUCUUGUGGUAUGUCUUGAUACACGCAAAUGGGGAGAUGAUGAUAAACUUAAAAAUGCGGCCAUGUUACAUGGAGAUAAAGAGGAGGCGGAAAACAGAUGGUAUGAUAAACACCAAAUCAUCAUUUCAGCUGAUGGUCAAUUCGCAUUUAACUUUGAGCACGCUGGCAGUGAUGGUGUGCAGUGGGUACGAUGGGUUUCGGAUGUUCUCGGCGAACUAGAAGGGGCAAACGCAAGUGCUGCAACCGCAACGGCAACUGCAACGGCUGCUUCUAUUGAUGCCAAAGAAGUCACUUCUCUGGUGGAACCACUCCGGGUAACAUUUGGCAAAGCGUUUGCGACUCACAUUCGAAGUGCACGUGCGGAAGUGCAGGAGUUAAUUGGUAGAACGGCUCUAGAAGCCUUGCAUCUGCCUUUUGGUAAAAAACAACUGAAACUCGCUGGUGUGAGUCCUGACGCGUUUGUGCAGAUGUGCUUUCACGUGGCUUUCCACAAGUGUCGUAAUAAACUCGCCCCCACGUAUGAAGCCGCCUCCACCUCUCAGUUCUUCCACGGCCGCACAGAGACGAUUCGGUCCGCAACGCAGGAGAUGCUCGCACUCGCGGAGGCUGUCAACAAGGGCGCACGCGAUGUGAAUGCGGCCGCGGCGUUAAAUGAAACGGAGCGGGCGGGACUUGUGGGACUCGCGAAGGCCGCCUCGGAGCGUCACGUGACACUUGCGAAUGCCGCCGUUAAUGGAGAAGGUGUGGACAGACACUUAACUGCAUUGCGUCAAUUGGCUCUAGACUGCAAGGAUGGCGCCGCCCUUAAUUUCUUUGAGGAUGAUGUGUACAAGACAUGUACCCGCUGGCUGCUCAGCACGAGCAAUGUGUCUAAUGCAUGGAUCAAUCGAUUUGCUUUUGGUCCUGUUACGCCUAAUGGGUACGGCUUGGGUUAUGUUAUAGAUGAGAAUGAGGUGCGCAUUAUGCUUUCCGCAUUCACCAGCAGCCCAUCAACAAACGUUGGGGAUCUGAAGGCCGCGCUUGAAUGUGCCGCAAUGAGUUUGUUCCAUUUACUCGAUGGGGCUAAGAAAUAA